AUGGUCGCCAGGAGCCCCAACGCCAAGGCCGACAGGCAGACGGCGGCCGCCAUCGCCGCUGCUGCCGCGCUCAACCCCGCCCUCGUCAGGGAGACGCUCAAGAAGAUGGACCGGUGCAUGGCUCGGCUCCAGGAGCUGCAGUACACGGUGGCCGGCGGCGCCAAGGUCGUCUCCGGGGUCAGCCUCAGCCCGCGCAGCACACGCGGCUACCUCCGCACCAGCAUCCGCUGCAAGCAGGAGACUGUCAGGCAAGCCUCUCCCUCUCUCCCCCUCCCGUCCGAUCCGAACGGCGAUGAUUCCAUCGAACGAAUUCCGCUGACCGGCAGAGUAUGUCUUGGCAGGAUGAGGGCAACGCCCGCGAAGACCAGAUCCCCCAAAGGCAAGUUCGGCGGCGCCGAGGGCGCGGCGGCCCCGUGGCGGCGGAUGUCGUUGCCGGCGAUGCUCCUGGGCGAGACGGUGCUGGAGAUCGUCCAGGCCAGCCAGUUCGCGCGGGACAUCGUGGCGGUCGCCGACCCACCCAAGACCCCGAACCCCGUCGCGAGGACCAAAAACGCGACCGCGGAGCAGACGCCGCUCCGAGCGCGCCGCGCCAAGGAGAAGCAGAGCCAGCGGGGCGGCGGCACGGCGCGAGCCGAGGCCGGCACGCCGCCGUCGCGCGGGCGCGUCCGGUCCCGGAUUCAGUUCAAGCCCGCCUCGCCUCUCGGCCGGCCGUCGUCGGUGGCGGCGAACAGGGUGUCCCCCAAGAACCGGCCGUGGGCCAAGAAGACGGUGAUGUUCCCCAACCCCGCGUUCUGCGCCCCCACCUCCUCCACCGCGUACGCCUCGCCGUCGUCGGCGAAGAAACAGAGGCGGUUCUCCAGCAGCCGGUCCCCUGUCCUGGCCCGGCAGACGCCGCACAAGUUCCUGGUCAAGUCGCCGCCCAGCGCUCUGGGGUCCAAGCUCAAAAGCCAGAGCAAAUUGCUGCCCAAUCCAAGGCCCGUCGUCGAUGUGUCGCCGCCAGGGAAAAGCCGCCGGUGCUCCUUCUCGCCGUCCAGGCUGGCCACAAGGCUCGUUUCACCGAUAAAGGCCAGGUUAUCCUUCGUGUCUCCGAUGAAAGCAAGGAGGACAUCGUCGCAUGGUGGCGUCGGCGGCAGCAGCAGCAGCAUGAUGAGCGGCCUCAAGCAGCGACCCGUCGUCAGCUUGACGGCGCGCACCGUCUCGACCAGGAUAUCAUCUUGA